UGCUGCUGCUACUGCCGCCUCGGGCCCGGGCGGACGAGCAUGAACACACGUAUAUAGAAAAAGAGGAAGUUGUCUUGUGGAUGAAUACUGUGGGGCCCUACCAUAAUCGACAAGAAACAUACAAAUACUUUUCACUCCCAUUCUGUGUGGGCUCAAAAAAAAGUAUCAGUCAUUACCAUGAAACUCUAGGAGAAGCACUUCAAGGAGUUGAAUUGGAAUUUAGUGGUCUGGAUAUUAAAUUUAAAGAUGAUGUAAUGCCAGCCACUUACUGUGAAAUUGACUUAGAUAAAGAUAAGAGAGAUGCAUUUGUGUAUGCCAUCAAAAAUCACUACUGGUACCAAAUGUAUAUAGAUGACUUACCAAUAUGGGGUAUUGUUGGUGAGGCAGAUGAAAAUGGAGAAGAUUAUUAUCUUUGGACCUACAAAAAACUUGAAAUAGGUUUUAAUGGGAAUCGAAUUGUUGAUGUUAAUCUAACUAGUGAAGGAAAAGUGAAACUAGUUCCAAAUACUAAAAUACAGAUGUCAUAUUCAGUAAAAUGGAAAAAGUCAGAUGUAAAAUUUGAAGAUCGGUUUGACAAAUAUCUUGAUCCGUCGUUUUUUCAACAUAGGAUACAUUGGUUUUCAAUUUUCAACUCUUUUAUGAUGGUGAUCUUUUUGGUGGGCCUAGUUUCAAUGAUCUUAAUGAGAACUUUACGGAAAGAUUAUGCUCGGUACAGUAAAGAAGAAGAAAUGGAUGACAUGGAUAGAGACCUAGGAGAUGAAUAUGGAUGGAAGCAGGUGCAUGGAGAUGUAUUUAGACCAUCAAGCCACCCACUGAUAUUUUCUUCUCUUGUUGGUUCUGGAUGCCAGAUAUUUGCUGUGUCUCUUAUUGUUAUUAUUGUUGCAAUGAUAGAAGAUUUAUAUACAGAGAGGGGGUCAAUGCUCAGUACAGCCAUAUUUGUCUAUGCUGCUACAUCUCCAGUGAAUGGUUAUUUUGGAGGAAGUCUGUAUGCUAGACAAGGAGGUAACUUAGGAAUUAUCACUUGUGUGGUGGCCGUUUGCUGCAUCUGUUUUUUUGUUAUUCUUCCUCUAAAUCUUGUUGGUACAAUACUUGGCCGAAAUCUGUCAGGUCAGCCCAACUUUCCUUGUCGUGUCAAUGCUGUGCCUCGUCCUAUACCGGAGAAAAAAUGGUUCAUGGAGCCAGCAGUCAUUGUUUGCCUGGGAGGAAUUUUACCUUUUGGCUCAAUCUUUAUUGAAAUGUAUUUUAUCUUCACAUCUUUUUGGGCGUAUAAGAUCUAUUACGUCUAUGGCUUCAUGAUGCUGGUGCUUGUGAUCCUGUGCAUCGUGACUGUCUGCGUGACCAUUGUGUGCACAUAUUUCCUACUAAACGCAGAGGAUUAUAGGUGGCAAUGGACAAGUUUUCUCUCUGCUGCAUCAACUGCAAUCUAUGUUUACAUGUAUUCCUUUUACUACUAUUUUUUCAAAACAAAGAUGUAUGGCUUAUUUCAAACAUCAUUUUACUUUGGAUAUAUGGCGGUAUUUAGCACAGCCUUGGGGAUAAUGUGUGGAGCGAUUGGUUACAUGGGAACAAGUGCCUUUGUCCGAAAAAUCUAUACUAAUGUGAAAAUUGACUAGAGACCCAAGAAAACAUGGAACUUCGGAUCAAUUUCUUUUUCAAAGGGGUGGAACUUGCAUAGAAAAAAAAGCGCAAGAAGAGAUUUGGGCUUUAACACUGGGUACUUUGUGGGUCUCUCUUUUCGUGGAUGGCUUAAAGUAACAUCUAUUUCCAUUGAUCCUAGGUUCUUACUGACUGCUUUCUCCAACUGUUCACAGCAAAUGCUUGGAUUUUAUGCAGUAGGCAUUACUACAGUACAUGGCUAAUCUUCCCAAAAACUAGCUCAUUAAAGAUGAAAUAGACCGGCUCUCUUCAGUGAAGAGGACAAAUAGUUUAUUUAAAGCAUUUGUUCCAAUAAAAUAAAUAGAGGGAAACUUGGAUGCUAAAAUUACAUGAAUAGGAAUCUUCCUGGCACUUAGAGUUUCUACAUUAUUGAAAAAUGAUGUUCCAGAAAGAUUACUUUUUUUUUCUCUAAUUUUUACUGCCAUCAUCGACCUAUUGUGGGACAUUUUUAUAUAUUGAAUCUGGGUUCUUUUUUGACUUUGUUUUUCCCAAUCCAACUGCAUCCUUUUUUUAACAGAGAGAAUUAAAAAAUAUUAAAUCCUGCAUGUAAUAUAUCUGCUGUCAUCUUAGUUGGACCAACUUCCCAUUUAUUUAUCUUGAAACUAUCCUGUUACAUCUUAAUUCCAUCCAAAGAAGAUACAGUCUGAAGAUAGAGGCGUACUCUCUACAAUGCAAUUUACUGUACAGUUAGAAAGCAAAGUGUUAAAUGGAGAAGAUACUUGUUUUUAUUAAACAUUUUGAGAUUUAGAUAAAUUACAUUUUAACUGAAUGUCUAAAGUGAUUAUCUUUUUUUUCCCCCCAAGUUAGUCUUACACAUUUUUGGGGUUUGAAUGAAGGCUUUAAAUAAGAAAUUAUUAAAAACAGGGGGGGGUGGGUAAUAACUGUAUAUAACAUUAAAUAAUGUAACGUAGGUGUAGAUUCCCAAAUGCAUUUGGAUGUACAGAUUGACUACGGAGUACUUUUUUCUGAUGAUGAUUGGUGUAGAAAUGUGUGGAUUUGGGUGGCUUUUUACAUCUUGCCUACCAUUGCAUGAAACAUUGGGGUUUCUUCAAAAUGUGUGUGUCAUACUUCUUUUGGGAGGGGGGUUGUUUUCUUCUCUUUUCAUUUUGAGACUCCUACAGGAGCUGAAUUUGUAAUUUAGAAACAUUUAAUUUUGUUAAUCCUGUCUGGGACACUUAAGUAACAUCUGAAGCAUUAUUGCUUUAGAAUGUUCAAAUAAAAUUUCCUGACCAAAUUGUUUUGUGGAAAUAGAUGUGUUUGCAAUUUGAACGGCAAUAUUACUAAAGGCCAUUUAAAAAAAUAUAUAAUGGACUAUGCUUUUCUAAUACAGGAGACCCACACUUUAAAUCCCCAAACUUGCUUACAUCUAGAUUGGUCGUAAGGUCAUAAAGUGAAUGAUUAGCCCUUUGAAUGAAAUUGUGGCACAAAAUCUGUUCAGGUUGGUGUACCGUGUAUAGUGGGGCUGGGAUACAAGUAGUUAGCUUACUAUUGGAUGAGCAAGUAAAAGUUACAGUUUCCUAAGAGAAGUGAGUUUAGUUUUGACUACAUCCUUCUGGAAUUAACCAUAAUGUGAAGUUUUUCUAGAAUCAUUGAGUUUCAAGCUUAAUAGUUUGCUAUGCAAAUGAGCACCUAAAACAAUGCUGUAUAUUGGUAUUUUUGAAAGGACUCAAAACAGCUGUUCUAAACCUUUAUUUGAAAUUUAUGCCAUUAAUAGUUAACGUAAUAUAUUUUCAUUACAAAAUGUUUCUAUAAAUUGAGGGACUCCCCAUCCUAUAUUGUGGCAUGUAAGUCCUAGAAACACCGAAAAGUAUGAUUUCUUACCACUGACGUAUGGUUGAUGUGAAUAAUAGAAACUUGAUCAGAAGCUGUAGGUAAACCUCCUCUUUAAGCCAAAAUUUUAUAUUAAAUAUAAUCUGUUCUUAUGUUUUCUCUUCCUUCUCUCUUACGUUUAAGAUCUUAUAAAAAGCUAAAAUUCAAUAUUUAAUUGCUUAUGUUUCUUUUUAGUUGCAUGAAAAGUACUUUUAGCAUACCAACAUAGUCUGAUGGGAGUAUAAAUUGAACAGUACACUUUUGUUUUAAUAAAUUGAAAUUUGUUUUAUGUGUUAUGCAUCUUGCAGGUAAGAUGGAGGGUUUUAAAAAAUGGGUAGGUUAACUGCUUUUAGGUGCACCAAUUCUAUUAAAUUGAGCUCUAUUUGAAAUUCUUUGGAAUUUGCAGUAAAAAAGAAUUUUCUAAUUUCCAAUUACAUUAAUAGCACUAAAAUGAAUAUAAAUCACCUUGAAAAGUCCUGUAGAAAAGGACUUGUAUUGUUUUAUGACUUUAUAGAGGGGCUGAAUAAAUGUGUUUAUGUGUCUUGAAGAACACGUAAUUCACACGUGGCUUGGCAUCUAGCUAUAGAAUAGAAAACAGAAUAUUAUUGAAGUUAAUUGAAGGCUGGGAUUUUUUUCUUUUUACCACAUUAA